UUUUGCAGACAGAUCUUUUCUGCCGAAGUGUACCAAACAGUGGUACUUUUUUAGUCCUUGCGAUUGGAAGUAUCGCGGCGGUUCAGUUGAUAAUAUGGCUACUGAAGCUGGCAUUUGGAAGACCACAGGAAGCUACCACACACUCUCAGUCAAUUUUAACAGGAGUAAGAAAGGCUCUAAGUUUCUAUAAGGGCAGACCUCCACUUGGAGAAAAAACUGAAUGGAUGAUGCAUGAAUACCAUGUUGAUGAAAAUGAAUUCAAGACAGGAGCUGGUUUGCAGAGUGUUUUUGUAUUAUGCCAUGUUCUCAGAAGGUACGAACUUCCUGCAAAAAGUUUGUGGAUUGCAAAAUACAGAAAUUGAGAGGUUUGAUUCAUCUCCUAAAAGUAGAAUUCCUUCCUGUGGUGAAGUCAAGUCUGAAGAUGGGUCUCAACUUGAUUCGAUGCCAAAUGGUUUAGGAUCAAAUUCCGAGUUUGGAUGGCUUCCACCAAACAACAAUGAUUUUCCUCAAGUUCCAGCUGAUAUAAGCUUUACUAGGCCUGAAGCUACAUAUGGAUAUUUGACUGGUGAAGAAAUGGAUGAGUAUAUUGAACAAACAGAGAUCAUAGAGGAAAUUCUGCAGGCAUGUCUGGAUUCCCAGAAUUCUAAUGUGGAUGAUUCUUUCCCUCAGGAUAGCGAUGCUGACAUCUUGAAUGGUGACUAUAUAGAACUUAAUGACUUUAAGAAUUGUGAUUCUUCUCUUUUAUUUGAGAGUGAAUUCAACAAUGGUCGUCCUGGAGAUUUGGGAGAGAGAUUCUAAAUUAGAUUUUAGUGGUUUUUUUGGGGUAACUUUGGUAGAUAGUAAUUUCUAUAUUUUUAAGUAUUUUAGUUGCUAUGCAUAAAACUGCAAGUCUAUCUUUAUUAUGAGCUCUAUAAAGAGUUCCUUGUUGUCGAGUCUGCAAAUUAUAAUGAAUGAGGAAUACCUCUAUAUAAAGGAAUGAUGUAAUUGCUGUU